AUGGGCCUCGUACUCGCCUUUUUGAAGCCCGCGUUCUUGACGUCGAAGGUCAAUCUUAUCAUUGGUGACCAUUGGUGGAUAUUCCAGAGCCAGAAGGCGGAGAACCCAGGCCUGUUCAGGGCGACGGCGGGGAAAGGCGACGACGACGAGACGGUUUUCCGGGGCUGGGAGAUCACGCCGGUUUGCAAGUGGCGCGUCUUGAACGGCAACGGGCUCGAGGCGGACCUCGCCGUCGUGGGCUGGCUCUCGGAGCAGCGGCGCAAGGACAUCCUGGACGAGUUGCGCGGCCGCCAUGCGGCCGCGGGGGCCCUGGGCACGCGGGCCGCGGAAGGCCCCGGGGACCAGGAGGCGCGUGGUCGGGACCAGGGUGGCGCUGCCCGACCAGUUCUCCUUGAUGGGCCCCUCGCGCCGGUGGGCGGCGUCGAAGGCGACUUGCGGCGCCUCGAAGCCAGCGUGGGACGGGGUCGCGACCCUACGCCUGCACGCCUCGGCGAGGAGCGCCGGGACCAUCAGGAGCGUCAGCGGCCCCAGGAGGGCGGCCGUCGCGCGAGGAGUCGCUCGCGGGCUCGCCGUUACGACGCGGGCCGCCGUUACGACGGCGCGGGCCGCCGCUACGACGACCAGGAGGAGGUCAGGGGCCGCUCGCGGAGCCGCCGGCCUGUGCAGCCACGGUCUCCCGAGGCUGCGCGCGUAGGAGCGCCGCGUGCACCUUUCGGGACGCGCGCUGCAGCUACGGCGGCGGCGCAGGGUCGCAAGGAGCACCGGCGCCGUCACCGCGAUCGCCAGCGGCGGUCGGACACGCCUGGCAGGGACAGGCGGGCCAGGUCCAGGUCUCGCCGCCCCCGCAGUUUUUCGUCUUCGUCGUCUUUUCGCGACGCCUUCUCCUCCAAGGGUCGCGACUCCCAGGCGCGGCUCGUCGCCUGGGCGCGGAAGCACCCAGGCCUCCUGUCCUGCAGGUCCCUCCAGCUGAUGGCGGACAAGGUGGGCAGGGAGGGGGAGGCGCACGCCUGGGAGAAGAACGACACCCCAGCGGCCGCCAGGUCUUACUACUUGCGCGUCCUGCAACCGCUGACGGGGGCAGGGCUGCGCAACAACAGGGAGAUGGCCACCUUGUGCGCGGCCCUCGACCACCUAGCACGGGGCCGGACCGCGUUCGCGGCGGAUGUCCUCACGACGAGGUUGAAGGCGGUGGAAAUUGCCAGCCGGCACGGCAAUUGGGACCGCGCGCAAUUCUUGGAGCUCGUGGAGAAGGACGACACGACGCUAACGACCAUGGGGGAGGAGCAGAUGGCCACACAGGAGCUGGCGACGCAGCGGAAGCUCGAAAGCCGGGGCAAGGGGCACGGCUUCGACAACGAGUGGCGGAACUCAGGGAACGCCUCCGGCAGCUCCGGCAAGGGGGCCAAGGACAAGAACGGCCGCCAGCACAAGGGCAUGGGGAAGGACGGGAAGGACAGGAAGGGGAGAGGCCGCGACAAUUCGGGACUAUUUCUGCUCGCCAGAGCCACGCUGCACGCCCUGAGUUUCCUCGCGUGCGCCGGUUGGGCGCCAGUGCCGGUGUGCCUGGACGCGCCCCGUGCCCUCGGCGAGGGUCACCGCCGCACCCUCUCCCACGUGUGGGAGGCAGCGGCGGACCUCUGGGCGGCACCUGCUCUGCCAUUCCGCGUGAGCGAGUUGCGCGAGGAGUUGCGCAGCAAGAGGGUCGGGUACGCUGGCGAGGUCGUGUCGAGACGGCGCGAGCUGGUCUGCAGCAAGGUCGUGCCAGCGUGGCCGGACCCUGGCAAGGCGUGCAUCCUACCGAUCGUCGACUACGUAUCGGAG